AUGGGGUAGACCGAGUUAUUCUCCUACGAGUCAAGACUUGAUAAACCGGCCAACCAGAACUUCUCUCUAGCCUUCCACCUGGCCACCAGUGAGUUUGCUGCGCCGCGCCUCCUCGAGCUAACCGACAUGCAGCCGGAAGACCUGGAUGCCCGUGCGGUCUGUGUCUACUUGAUCGAACUGCGGGCAGCCGUGGAACGAGACAGAAAGCGCCGGUCACGUAACACCUUUGAUCUGAGGACGCCCGGCAUGCUGAAUACGGCAUUGGCAGGCUUGCCCACACUGCGUGACAGUCAUUCGAGCCCCCACCAUGAGGCUUGA